AUGAUUGGUCUAAUUAUUAUUUUGACAAUAAUCCUUUAUUUUGUUCUUAAAAACUAUGAUUCAUUGAAGAGAAUUUGGAUCCAACGUAGAAGAGCAAUCAAAUACCUUGAACUGAUUCCCGGUCCGCCGACGAUUCCCCUAUUUGGAUCGGCUCAUUUAUUCAAAUGGGAUAAUGAAGAAUUUACGUAUCAGCUGGAUGGUUGGGCAAGAAAAUACAUUUCACUUCAUGUUCCUCGAACCGGAAUGAUGAAGAUUUGGCUCGGGCCGAUUCCUCUUGUUUUCCUUGCAACAUGUGAAGCGUUAAAGCCAGUCCUCGAGAGUAACACAUUGAUCACCAAGCCGCCUCAGUACAAUACAUUGAAAAAAUGGAUUGGUGAAGGAUUGCUAAUCAGUAAGGGCAAAAAAUGGUACACUCGACGAAAGAUGAUCACUCCGACAUUUCAUUUCAAUAUCCUUCAAGCGUUUCACGAAGUUUUCUGCAAACAUGCUGAUAUUUUGGCAGAGAAACUCGAAGAAUACACAAGAAAUGGAGCUGAGGUUGAUAUAUUUGGAGACAUCAAAUGUUGCACGUUAGAUGUGAUUUCAGAAACCGCGAUGGGCACAGAGAUCAACGCACAAAAAGGAGAGAACACGGAAUAUGUGAAUGCUGUUGUGAGGAUAAGUCAACUUUCGUGGGAUCAUGAAAGAUUUCCUUGGCUAUGGCCAGAUCCAAUUUGGUAUGGAACGGGAAUGGGUUUCGAAUUUGAUCGACACGUCAAAAUGGCCAAUGAAUUCACGAGAAUGGUGAUCAAACAACGUCGUGAGAUCCUCCAAGGAAAUGGUUUGUUGGAGAAGAUGAAAAAUCUGACACCCGAAGAAAUAAAAAAACAUCGUUUCUCAUUUUUGGAUUUAUUGUUAGGAAUGCAAACAAGUCAAAAUCUUUCUGAUGAGGAUAUUCGAGAAGAAGUUGAUACGUUCAUGUUUGAGGGCCAUGACACAACUUCAUCAGCGGUCGGUUUUGCUUUGUGGUGGUUGGGACAAGAAUUGGAUUGUCAAAGAAAAAUUCAUGAUGAAUUGGACACAGUGUUUGGUGACUCUGAUAGACAAAUCACUUCUGAUGAUCUAAAAAGUCUUCCCUUUUUGGAGCGAUGUCUCAAGGAAGCACUCCGUCUGACUCCACCUGUGCCAAUUUUUGGUCGAAUUUUAGAGCAUGAUGUCAUAAUUGGUAACUACACUUUACCAGAAGGUCUCACUGUUGUUUUCAGUCCAAUGGCUUCGGGUAGAGAUCCGCAGCAAUGGAAACAUCCAGAUCUUUUUUAUCCAGAUCAUUUCUUGACAGAAGAAGUGGCAAAAAGAGAUGCAUAUGCAUUUAUUCCAUUCUCGGCAGGACCAAGAAAUUGCAUUGGCCAGAAAUUCGCUCUCACCGAAGAGAAAAUCUUGCUUGCGACGGUUCUACGAAAGUUUCGUUUCAUCACAUGUGAACCAUUCCCAAAGAAUCGUUUUGUUCCGGAAAUUAUCUUGAAACCGUCAAAUGGAUUCCGAUUCAAAAUUGAAAAACGGUCGCCACUUGUA